AUGGCGAGACUAAACAACACACUUAUUGUCUACAAACGUAAACCUUACAAACCGGUUCCGAGUUUGGUUGCCGCACACCGACGAAAUACGCUCGAGUCAAAGAAGGGGAACGGAACGGAGAGUGGUGGAGUUGCAAAAAAGGGCAAACAAGCUACCACACUGGGAGAGAGUUCUGUUCAAAAGCCCCCUGGAACGGUCAAUCAAUUGAACAACAUGGUUGGUCCGAGGGCACCGGUUGCGCAGAUGAUUGCGAGCACGGCAGAUGGAGAAAAUAAUGGGAGUUCGACACAGCAGGUGAUGACUGGACCCAAAGCUCAUGUGGAGGAAAGAGCGGUUGGCGAAGGCGAUGGCCAGAAGGACAAAGAGUAUAACGGAGCUGGAGCUCAGAACAAGCCGCAGCAAGAAGUGGCACUUCCGAAUUUACCGCAGUCUCGAGGGCCAUCAACGCCGGCUAAGAAAGCAAUUGUGAAAAAGAAUGCCGAGUUACGAAACUCACGACUUCGUCAAGAGAAAAGAACGCCGCUCAGUAGAUUAAAAAAUGCACAACAACCAAGUCCAGUCACUAAAGCAGGAUUGACGGAGGAUCUAACAACAGUGAAAGAUACUCCUCGCGGCGGAGGAAGUCGAAAAAAGUUGGCUAGUGCAAUGCUAACAUCCGACAAAGAAGCUGAAAUUGUAGCUUCAAGAAAGAAUCCAAAGCCAAGCGGCAAUCCAAGUGGCAACCCAAAAACGUUGGCCAGGGACCUCGCUCCAGGCGAAGAAGCUAAGGAAGCCGCUUCUGCAGUCGAACAAGCCAAUGAACCCUCUCCGGUAGUCGAAGAAGCCAAUGAACCCGCCUCUAUAGUUGAAGAAGCCAAUGAACCCGCCUCUGUACUCGAAGAAGCCAACGAACCCGCCUCUGUACUCGAAGAAGCUAAGAAGCCUGCUCCUAUCGAACGAGCCAAUGAACCCUCUCCGGUAGUCGAAGAAGCCAAGGAACCUGCUGCUAUCGAACAAGCCGAUGAACCAUCUCCGGUAGUCGAAGAAGCCAAGGGACUCGCUUCUAUAGUCGAACAGACCGAAGAUGAGAAUGAUUCCGAAGAAGAAAAUGUGACCGAAACUAUAGCUAAAAUCUCCUAUCAACCGGAUAUAGUGCAUCAAUCUCGAAUGGAUGGCGAGAAUAAUGAGCAAUGGCUUAUAGAGUGGAAAGGAUAUCCAAAACAAAAAGAUUGGACUUGGGAGUCAGUUGAGAUGUUGAGGGAGGAUUGCCCAGAAUGGGUCGAGGAAAAGGAGGAUGGUUCGUUGAAUGGAGACGCUGAUGUUUACGAGGUCGAGGCAAUUCUGGACAAGCGGAAGGUUAGGGGCAAGGUUCAAUAUCGUGUGAAGUGGGAAGGCUGGGAAGCUAAUUACAAUACAUGGGAACCUGCGGAAAUGCUGGAAUGUGAUGUCCCGUACAUGGUGGAGGAUUUUGAAAAGGAGCCCGAGAAGACCGAGAAGAAACGAAGUGCAGGAAAAGCAGAUAUGGAUUCAGAGCUACCUGUCGCAAGGAAAAGAGGCCGACCUAGAAAGUGA